AGCGAGCGAAGGGAACUGGAGACCACAGUGAGAGCUCGUCUGUUUGGAGCAGACAUGUCUGUCGAUGGAACCAGGUUACUGUUUGAGGGUUUUUUGCAGAAAAGAAAAGAUAAUCUGAAACUGAGGUGGGUCACUUACUGGUUCAGACUUCAGAACUCGACCUUGUUCUUCUACACUGAGAGGAAUUGCAGUGCUUCUCACCUGAGGGGUUAUUACUACAUAUACACAGUCCAGUCGGUGCGAGAAGUCAAGAAAAAUGAGAGGAAGCGUUUUAUGUUUGAAGUCAUCAUGACAAAUGGAAAGAGAAAAAUGCUGGCAGCAGAGACGGCAGCUCUCAGGAAGGAGUGGGUUAGACACCUUUGGCAGGCCAUGCAGCUCUCCACCUCUGGAGCGUGGGACUGCAGUUUCCCAGAACUUCAGGCGUGUGAGCAGCGAGACAGGCCGAACAGCAGCACAGCCGUCUGCUCAGACAGCAGCAGCGUGCUGGAGUUUCCAUCCGCUCGGCCGAUCUCUGCCCCUCCUCCUUCAAACCACAUCCACCCUGAAGCAAAUAGCAUCACCUCUCCUUUCUGCCCGUCCGAGGACCAGGACUGGGCCACUUACCAGAACAUCUCACUACCCUCUAACGACCAGAGUCGUCAUGAUCAGACUUUCAGUGACCAACAAGAUGGAGACUAUGAUGUUUUACCCUGCAGAAAAGUGUUUUUGUGUUUAGACAGUUGUGGGCCCCCUCCAUCAAUAGAGUUAGAUGAAGACAUAUAUGACUGUCCCCGGUCUUACAGGAGCUCUGAACAUGGGGACCCCACAGAUGGCAUCUACGAUGUACCAAGCUGUCUUCUGAGGACGGUGGAUGACGACACCAUAGACGAGCAGUCAGAAGAGGGAAUCUACUGGAGGAUAUGAGGUGCAGAUUGAGGAUGUUGGAGGCACGCAAAACUCGUCAUCCAUUUAAUCUGCUGACACUAUAAGACACUAUCCCGCAUGGCCAACAUUUGUGUUUAUGAAGGGGAAAUGUAAAUUAAAUGUACAUAUUUGCCAUCUAUGGGCGGAAAAAUACACACAACCUCAAC